CGUGCUUUGCGCUCUGAAUGGAAGAAAUACCCAGUGAGAGAAGGGAGUGAUUUUCUCCUCAAAAGCGAGAGAGAGAGAGAAAAACAAGGAAGAAAGAGAGAUUGAUGUGGUCUGUUAGCGGCGAUUUGUUCGAAGGAUAGGAGCAAUAGAAGCGAGAGCUGGCUUAAAUCUGACAUUGUCUUUGUUUUAACGUGCGAAGCUUGCUGCGUUGGGUCUUCGGAUCUCCCGUCAACAGAGAGGGAGUCCGUAUUCGCUCAGACUUUUGUUUUCAAGGCGAAACAUAAGGGAGUGUUGACAGAGGGGAGCUAUUUCAGUGCUCUGUUUUCCCUGAUUUGGAACUGGAUUUUGAAGGAAGAGUAGAGACAUCAGACAUGGAGUGGGGUGCUUGUUUGGAUGAAUAUCAAAAGCUCGUCAUAAGAAUGACCACUCCCAGAGUCGUUAUUGACAAUGCGGUUUGCCCUACUGCAACUCUUGUCAAGGUCGAUAGUGCUAGAAGACAUGGAAUAUUGUUGGAGGCCGUACAGGUUCUCACGGAUCUGAACCUUUCCAUAAAGAAGGCAUAUAUUUCUUCCGAUGGACGGUGGUUCAUGGAUGUUUUCCAUGUAACUGAUCUAGAUGGAAACAAACUGACUGAUGAUAGCGUUAUCAACUAUAUUGAGCAGUCACUCGAAACAAUUAAUUAUGAUAGAGCCAAUGACUUUAACGGCUUAACAGCAUUAGAACUUACCGGGACAGAUCGGGUUGGUCUUCUUUCUGAAGUUUUUGCAGUACUAGCUGACCUGCAAUGUAAUGUGGUAGAGGCUAAAGUGUGGACUCACAAUGGUCGAAUUGCUUCACUCAUUUACGUUAAUGACUGCAAUUCUGGGUCCCCAAUUGAGGACAGGCAAAAAAUUGAUAGAAUCGAAGCACGUUUAAGGAACGUACUCAAGGGAGAUAAUGACAUUCGAAGUGCAAAAAUGUCAGUUUCAAUGUCUGCCAUGCACACUGAGAGAAGGCUACAUCAGAUGAUGUUUGCCGAUCGUGACUAUGAGAGGAAGCCCAUCUUGCAACUCACUGGUGAUUAUUCGCCUGUGGUCUCAGUGCAGAAUUGGGAAGAAAGGGGUUAUUCUGUUGUGAAUAUUCAGUGCAGAGACCGGACGAAGCUUCUCUUUGAUGUUGUUUGCACUUUGACUGAUAUGGAGUAUCUCGUGUUUCAUGCUACAGUCAAUACAGCGGAUGACCGAGCUUAUCUGGAAUUCUACAUCAGGCACACAGAUGGAACCCCAAUUAGCUCAGAGCCGGAAAGGCAACGAGUGAUUCAGUGCCUACAGGCUGCUGUUGAAAGACGAGCAUCUGAGGGUGUAAGGCUCGAGUUAUCCACUACAGACAGACAAGGCCUUUUAGCAGAUGUGACUCGCACAUUCAGGGAGAAUGGUCUUAACGUGACAAGGGCCGAAAUAUCAACAACAGAGGAAAUUGCUAUAAAUGUGUUCUAUGUCACAGAUGCCAUCGGAAACCCUGCUGACCCUAAAAUCAUAGAAUCUGUUCGAGAAAAGAUUGGAUUGGGUAAAUUAAAAGUGAAGGAAUUGCCACUGAUGGAUGGACAGAAGGCUGAUAGCGAUGAGCAGCCAGGUGGGGUUGGUGGGGCCGUGUUACUCUCACUUGGGAGCUUAGUUAGAAAGAAUCUAUCCAAUUUGGGAUUGAUCAGGUCUUAUUCUUAAAAUUGGGAUUGUGAAAAGGUAAAUUCGAUAGUUGGGGGCACAUAUUCUUUGCUUGAGGUUUGAGUUUGGUGUACAUAUGGAAAAGUUGGUAUGGGUGACAAAGUAGUUGUGGGUGGGAUUGGUUGGUUGAAUAGACAGACACAGCUGGUUUGGGGCCGCUCCACCAUUGUUUUUUCUCCAGUAUUUUUUGAAUUGCUUUGUUUGAAGGAAAGGAUUUGAAAUAGGUGGGCGAGGGAAACAAAGUGAUUGUUUAAUAUUAAAAGUUGUUUGGUGGAGGGUAGUUGUCAUAUAUGUAUGUAUAUACACAUGUGUUUGAAGGUUUGUUGCUGGUGGAGAAUAGACUGGGGAAUAGAGAUAGCUCAGAAGAAGUUUAGGUAAACAACUCUUCCAUACAGCACCUCUUCUGUACAGCACCUCUUCUGUACAUAACGAAUUUUUUAAAGUUAAUAGUAUUAAUGGUUGACUUUUA